AUGACGGACCGGCAGACGAAAAAUCAACCGAUUCAACAAGGAAAUGUUCCCGGACCGUUUGCUGUUGUACCCGAGGUUCCAGCUCCAGUUGAGGAGGCUCAACAGCCAGUCGAAGAGGUCGCUGCACCAGAUGAGGAGGUUCCAGUUCCAGUCGACCAAGACGCUCAAAGAGCAUGUUCGACGAAGAGCAUGUUCCAGAGGACCCUAUAUCACCCUUGA